CGAUUCUCACGUUCAUUCGCUGCUCCUUCCCUUCUGGUCUCCUCGCUUCUUCCUCAAUACCCAUUCGAUACCACGGCCAAAGCUGCCAUUGCCUCAGACUCAGCGAUGUCCCGCCCGGGCAUAGAGUCAUUUCGAUAUGCUUCAUCACCUGGAACUCCUGGAGCUGGACAACGCAGAUCAUCACAACCAGGUGGACCGCCUCCUCCUCCUCCUUUAAGUGUCCCACCACAACUCAUAGACAAUGCAGGCGAAACCUUCCAGACGGUCGCCGACUUCAUUCUGGGCCUACCACAUCCUCGUCACUGGCCAGGCUUGCUAGCUACCUAUUUCCUCCUAGACCCAAUACGCGCCCUAGCCGCCAACGUGAUUGCCCUCAUCACCUCGCCACGAACACAUCGCGUCAUUCUCCGCCUCUCGAUCCUUACAGGCCUCUUCUGGACUGCUGUGAUUUUGGCUGUCGUUGCUUACAUUGGCUUCUAUCGCGCUUGGGUGCCGGAAGUGGGGCGCAUCGAAGAGCUCUUCCUGCAAUAUGGCAAUCAGGGCCAGGUACCCUAUGCUGAGGUUGACCUCUCCAGGUGGAGAGGUCUGGGCAAGGCUAUGGCUGUUGGAGAGGACUGGUUCGCCGAAGAGCAGGAGUACGAGGCGGCUGUUGAGCUACUGGUCCCUAUCAGCACGUCGAAUCUGGACCUUGGGAACUUCAUGGUGUCCAUGGACCUUGUCACCGCGGACAACAUUACAGUCUUCCGAUCCUCGCGCCCAGCCAUUCUUCGCCCAACGACGCCCACAUCGCGUUUCCUGUCGCAAUUUGCACAGCAAUUGUCCAAUCGCCCCUCCGUCGCUGGCACACAAAUGCUGCCUAUCCCAUUCACCUCACCGUCCUUGGAGCUAAUGACCAUCACUCUCUUUGACCGUGUCGUCCUUCACCCUAGUCCGGGGAGUGUCCCCUUUUCCGACCCACAGGGUAGCCCGCUGCAGGCUGGAGGAAGGCCACGUCGCAUUACGAAAGCGAUUGUGCGAGUUGGGAGACACGACGCAGAUCGAUACUGGACCUACGGGGGCGGGCAUGGAGUCGGCGGGGUAGUUCUGGCGCCUCACACCUCUCAAGGAGCAGGUGCACCAGAGGUGGGCGGCAUGGUACUUGCGACGCAGAAUGGCGGCGCCUUCAGGAGCCGUGGGGAACUACAGACAGUCAGCGCUGGCCUGCGCUUUGAUGCCAAGCUCACUGGGCUGAGGUACAUCCUCUAUACACAUCCGGUGCUCAGCUUCGUCGUCUUCACGUCGCUCUUCCUCGUCUUCGAGCUCGUGUCGGCACUCACACUUUGGACAAUCGCUGCCGUCUACACGUCGACACUACCGGGUCUCGAGGUCGACUUGGGCGCAGACACUCAGUUUGUCCCCAGGCCAGGCGGAGGAGGAGGAGGAGGAGGAGGAGGCGGCGGCUCAAGGAGACUGCGCAGACCUAGCUAUCCUCCGAGCACUACAACAGCUACAGGCGACGACAGUGUAGGCGACGAAGAAGACACGGAGACGGAGACAGAAGGGCGCAAUGGAGACGAUUCAGGCGAUGCAAGAGCCCGAGCACGGUCCAUGGCCUCACUCCUGGCCCGGGACGAAGCGGAGCAACGGGAGGCUCGCCUAGCCGCAGAAGAACAAGCUCGUCGCUCCGGGCGAUUGAUGACGGGCGACGAUGCGGCAGGUGGGAGCCCGGACGAUCUCUUGACACCCACGUACGGUCGACGUGUGCUGGGCAGGCUAGACGAGGAAACAGAAGAAGAGACGGAUGGCGCGAGUACAGCUACGACCUUAUCUCGCGAGGAUGCUGCGGAGCAACGCAGAAUGCGCCAGGCUACGGUUGCUACUGCCUCUCAGUCCACGGCGAGCAGUCAGGAGACGCUCUCGGGCUCAGAGGGGUCGAGACAAGCGGAUGAUGAGGGAGAUGAGACGGCGGUCAUCGGUACAGCGGGACGGCGCGAGGAGGCGGCAGGGGCUCAGCCAGAGGGCUUCAGGCGGCGCAAGGGGUACGAAGAUGAAGGCGGUGACGACGGUGGUCGAGGCGGGUCAGCUCCUAGUCUGCUUGGUGGGUCUGCGACUGACCCAUCCGUCGCUGGCUCGUCGUCGAGGAGGAGCUUCGGUGCUACGACGGAGGCUUCACGUAGGACCGAGACCACAGCUGCGACGCGGGGUCAGCAUGGCGAGGAAGAGAGCGAGACGAGCCCUGAAGAGCAGUCAUCGUCGUGAUAUCGCACGCACUUCACUUUCCAGGAAUGAUACCAUUGAGAACACGGG